AUGUCGAUGCCAUCGCACUACCCCGAGCCCCCAACCCAUAUAUCCGACGCACAGGGCCCCCGAAUCGGCUCUCCAGGCAAUCGGUCCGCGUUCGGGCUACAGCAACGGCAACAGCCCCAGCCACAUACCCACCCAAGACAUGGCGAGAGCACCUCCACCGAGCCGGAAGAUCGGCAGGUGGAUCUGGAGAUCAAGAGACCCCGAGCCUGCGAACCAUGCCGACAAUUAAAAGUGCGAUGUGAUUCUGAUCCAGGAAAUCCCGACGGUCCCUGUAAACGAUGCGCAAAGGCACGCCGGCAAUGCAUUGUGACUGCCCCCACGCGGAAACGGCAGAAGAAAACAGAUAGUCGGGUGACUGAAUUGGAACGAAAGAUUGAUGCGUUGACAGCUACAUUGCAGGCUUCGAAUCAGGGCCCACCGUUUCCAAUUGCGGGAGACGCAAAUACACACAAAUAUACUGAGACAUCUGCGUCUACGGAGCAACGCCAGUCUCCGAGGCGAUGGUUUCGAGAAGAUACUCAUUUAGCUGGGGCUGGAAAUAAACGACACCAUGAUGGGUUUUUGGUAUCACAGUACCCGAGGCCUAAUAGUCCAUCUGCAGAACAGAUACAUAAACAGCCAGCUUCGAGACAUUGGCGGGGUCCUUUCGCGGGGGAGACUACGCCUGAAGCGAAUCCUAAGGCGCGAAACGAUUUUAUCGAUAUUAUUGAUCGGGGCUUGAUUGAUAUUGACACCGCGCAGAUGUCCUUCCAUCGCUAUGUGAACCAGAUGGCUGAUGAAAUGCCAGUUGUGGUAUUUCCCCCUGGGACAACGAUGGGAGAUGUACGCCGCGACAAGCCAGCACUUUUUCUUGCUAUUAUUGCAGUUUCCGUCGCGUCUUUCAAAAAGGAUCUCCAAAUGCCAUUGAUUAACGAAUGCUACCAACUCAUUGCCGACAACGUAGUUGUCAAAGGACGCAAGUCUCUUGAGCUUGUCCAGGCUUUAUUGAUUACUGCGAUUUGGUAUAUACCACCUGAUAACCUGGAUGAGCUUAAAUUCUACCAGUUAAUUCAUAUGGCUAUUGUACUUGCUAUGGAACUUGGAUUGAAUCGGCGUUCAAAUGGAGAUCUCAGGCCCCUUUCUCGAAUUCGGGAAAUCAUUGCUAAAACACCCGUUACACAAGAGUUGGACUUGAAUGGUCCUGAAGCGAGACGGACUUGGCUAGGUUGCUACUUUAUUGGAAUUCAGGUGGCGACGGCUCUGAGGCGUAUGCAGCUUGUAAGAUGGCAGCCGUAUAUGGAUGAGUCUCUUCAAAUACUUGAAAGUCAUCCUGAUGCCUUGCCUUCUGACCGCAAGCUCAUUUGGUGGGCAAAGUUAGGGUGGAUCAUGGAGCAAGCGGGCAUACAAUUGACUCCAGAUGAUACCCAGUCAGUUGUCUCUUUUACAGACAGUAAGGUGCGAUACACCAUUAAGGCAUUUGCAAACCAACUUGUCCAGUAUCGAAGAGAUAUCCCAGAGGAUUUUUGGACGGUACCGUUAUCCCACACAUAUUAUGCUCUCAAUCUAUUUGUCCAUGAAAAUGCCAUGGGGAUUGACUGCCGGGACAGCAUGCUUCCCUACACCCCAGCAAAUGAAGACCUAAGCGGCAACACCAUUAUGGCACCACUUAUUGACGCGUUGACUUCUUGCAUCAAGUCUAUCCACCAAGCGCUAGAUGUAAUUAGCAGUGUUGACGUGGAAAGAUUUACAUGCUUGCCAACACUAACUGUAGCAAGAACUGCAUACCCGAUUGUCAGUCUUAUCAAGAUUUACUCCCUUCUCACGGCCCCGGAAUCCCGUAUUGGCCAAGUGAUCGACAUGCAAUCUCUCAAGGUAGAGUAUUACCUGGACAAAGUGAUCAACCACUACCGCGCAGCAGCCGCCCUGGACGCCGGCAGAGUGGCAACCAAGUUUGGCAACAUAAUAAUGAUGCUGCGGAACUGGUUCGUCAAGAAGAAGGAAAACGGCCCAGAACUGCGAGAAAUUUUCGGGACGGAAAUGCGAUCAGAUACGCCCGGUGAAAGGAAAUCCGUGAAAGAAGGCACAAAUCCACUACAUGUGCUCAGCGAACUAGCGAUGGAAGACCCAGCUAGACGACCAUCGGAAAGCAACCUUUCACACCGACCACAUUCAGGUCAAGGGAAUAUCUAUCGAUCACCAAAUCCAAAUUACCCAGAUCCCACACGCAAUCCCGCACCCCGAGCUCCAAGCCAAGAUUCAGGACCAACAAAAUACGGAAUGGCCGAACAGCACAGGAUGGGCAGCAUGGCAUCUACAAGAAGCGAUCCGACCUCUGGCCCACCCGCAUCGAGCUGGUCAUCUACAUCUUAUUCACCGCAGGUCCCUGUUUCAGGGGUCAAUGACACGAACAUGGGGAAUAGGACAUACUAUCCACCUUUCCAAUCAACAACCGGAGCAUCACAAGCAUAUGGGAUGUCGAACGUAGGAACAACCCAAUACCCCCCAAUGUCGAAUGUUGGAAACAUGCCUCUUGAACAGUCAAUGGGGAUGGUCCCUGAGGGGCCUUUUGACCCUGACAACCUUACAGCCUUGGGUAACAUCAUGGACGAGGGGCUGUUCUCGUUUCCAUUUGCUUUUGAUGGAAAUUUUCAGUUUUAG